UGCUAUUUUUCAGAUGCUGAGGGCAUGCGGAUCGAGGUCGCGCACCUUGGGAAGUGUGCGUAGGCUAGCCUCUCAUUCCAAACCAGAGGAUAGCAAUAUCGAGAGGAAGCCAGAUCUCUAUAGGCCAGGAUCCGAUUCUUAUGCAUAUGAUAACCCAUGGCCGAAACUAAAUGGCGGCCGAUUGGAUUGGUUAUUUGGCGAUGGCUGGAGACGACCUUUGGCAAAGGACCAAGGAGCUAAAAUGCGAAGGGAGUGGAUAUGGUUCAGUCAGAUCUCUCAUGAUGAGCACAAAGAUUGGCUGAAGUUUCACCAGACCACUUUUCUUCUCUUCACAGUCCUAACAACUUGGGUCACCUGCUGGAUCAUGUUUGCCCGUCCUGACUGGCCAAUGGGACGCGAGUGGGCUCUCCGCGAGGCACACUUGGAAAUCGCUCGAAGAGAAAAGGCAGGUCUUCCUCUGAUCAGUCCUGAUCUUCUUCCCAGAGAGCGCGUUAUGGCUUCGCUGCCCGCAGAGGAAGAGUUACGCGAUUUCGAUAUCCUGAUCUAAAUAGUUCAAUUUUGCGUUUAUAGUCUAAGAAUUCUAGAUGAGGAAGGUACAGAUGUUUUUUGUUCCCUGUACAGUUAGAUUUUGAGAUUUUGUCCACCAAAUUUUGUCAUUGAGCUAAACCACUUUCUUCCGUGACAAGAUCCACUAGAUCGUGGAUGAUAGUAUUUGUAUGUCGGUCUGUCAAUGUGUCGACCUAGAGGGUAGACUAGCCAUAUGUUGCUCAUAUUGUCUGCAAUCGAAGCAUAUAUGGUGAUAGAUAUAAGUGUGAGUGAAGAGUUACAUUAACACCAAGACUGAGUUUGUCGCCUAUUUGAGCUACAACGAUUAGUUG